AUAAAGAUAUACAAAAAGAUAUACUUCAUAUUUUGGAUAAAGUUAUCGAAAACUUAUCUAGAAGUGAAAAAAUUAGACCUCAAUCUUCUUUUUGCUUGAAAGAAAUACAUAGAACGGAACGCAAUUUACAAACAAAUAAGAACAAUGUUAUAACAAAAUUAGUGUCACAGAUGAACUUAAAGGUAUCAACUAAUGCUGAUAUACAAGUUUCUACGAUCGAAACAGUACCUAGCAUCUUUGAUGCUUUUGCCAAUUCAUUCAUUGAAAAAGCGGUUCCUGAGGUGAAAUUGGAAGGCUACAUGUUAAUUAAUGAAUCUCACCAAAAUAAUGUUUAUAGUGCAACUUUGGCUUUGCAAGAUUAUAUUAAUGAAGUGAUAAUGAUUACACACAAUUUGCUUAGACAAGACGUGAAAAUACCAAACUCUUCCAAUUAUAAGCCACAAGUUGACGACUUUGUUUGCUUUAAAGAAGAAAAUAGUUGGUAUAGAGGAUAUGUUUUAAAAUGUCCUUCAAUAUCAAAUUUGUAUACUAUCAUGGCAAUAGAUGAUGCUAGAAUUUUGCAAUCAAGUAAAGUUUUGCCAUGUCCUAAAAAAUUCUCAAAAAUUUUUGCUCUUGGAGUCAUGUGUAUUGUGGACCAUCUCUCUGUCAAAUUGGAGGUGGGGAAAAAAUAUAAAGUUAUAAUAGUUGUGAAUGAACAAAAUCACAAGCAAAAAAGACUUCCAAUAAAAAUAUCUAAAUGUUCUGAAAUUAUAACAGCUACGAUAAAGCUUUGGGAACCUGAAGUCAAAGAAAGUUUGAAACCGACAGGUUUUCCUCUCCCUGAAUUUAAGAACGGAUCUAAGAUAUGUCUUACUAGUUAUCAAAAUCAUUAUGUUAUGUAUGCACGUUCUUUGGAAGAAGCAGAAAUAGAACAUUAUUAUCGUGUUUUACAACGUGUUGCACUUUGCGCCCAAACAGCACCGCAUCUAUCUGAGCCUCCAAGUGUCGGACAAAAAGUGAUUGCACCGUUUUGUGACGGCAACAAUUACCGCGCAGAAAUCAUAAGAAUACAGGACAAAGUUGAAGUAAAAUAUAUCGAUUUCGGAAAUAAAUAUGAAGUUGAUACAAAAGAUCUUCAAAUCUUACCGGACGACUUAGCCCUUGAAAGAACUUGCUUGAGAAAUAUAUUCUUAAAAGAUGUUCCUCGUGACGUGCUUUUGAACACAGAUGUCGAUAUUUAUCUUCGCAAUUUAACAGGCAAAAAAGUAAUUAUGACGUGUAUGUAUGAAGGUGCAUUUAAAGAUGGAGUUUAUUUAAAGACGUACUCAGGAGAAAAUGUAAACGACAAAAUAAAAGACUUGUUGACACCAAGUUGGAAGCGAUCAGAUUAUGAUGACACAACAUGUUAUAUGUGGAGCACAGAUAUGGAAGUUGCAAGCUUAGGAGGUGAAGGCGACACAAUAAAUGCAAUAAUAUUGAAUAUAAUUGCAGAUGGACAAAAAUAUUAUAUGUGUCCUGUUGACGGCGACUUGAUAUUUUAUAUUGAAAAAAUAUUGCCUGCUCUGUUAAAACAAUAUAGCGAGGAAAGAUCUUAUUAUGUGCCCAGAUCAAACGAAUUAUGUUUGGUAUUACAUGAUGGUACGUGGUAUCGUGCUCUUUGCAUUGAUCCGCGAAAAGCAAAUAGAACAGCUGCAGAGGUUUUUUUAGUUGAUUAUGGUAAUAUACUAACAGUAAAACAUAAAGAUAUUAGGUUAAUGCCCAAAGAAUAUACUGUACCUUCGCUAUUGGCAAAUAUGACUAAAGUUAUUAAUUUAGCUCCUUUUGAUAGUAGUGAGAAUUAUUCGUCUACUAUACAGCAGAGAAUAAAGCAAUUAGUGAAGCUAGAUUCGAUCGUAAAGAUUAAAAUUGUGAAAUGUGUCGAAAAUGGUGACUAUAUAGUCGAAUUACCAGAUGUUCACGCCACGCUGAUUGAGGAAGGUCUCGUAUCCUCACAAAAAAAAUUUUAACUCUUUCAGUAUACUAAAAUUUAGUUACAAAAACAGUUUUGCUAAACAGUCUUAAUUAGAAUGUUUAUCAUGUACUUGAAUUUUUCACAAUAGUGAAAAAUUAAUAGUUAACUGGAUUAUUCCAUAAUGUUGCUGCAAAACAGUUAUAAUCACCUAAUAAAAUAAUUUUAUAAUAACUAUUUUACAGCAACAUCAUGGAGUAAUCUGGUUAAAAUAUAAAUUACAAUUUCAUCCGUUAGCGAUGUUUAAGUUCUUUACUUGAUUUGGUUUUUUAAUGACUGGUGGGUAAUCACAUUGAGAUCAAUUAGUAUUUACGUU